CGCUCUUUUCUCUUUUUCCGCACCGGGUUUUAAUUACCGCAGCUGAUGAGGAUGACAAGAAAUUAACAGCAGAAGAACCCGCAGGAGGAGCGCGUGUUCAUCCGGGGUUUGAAGGCGAACCGGAGCCGCUGGAACCGGGAUUAAAGCGGCUGAAGUUGGGAAGAUGCCGGAGGAAGCGGCGGAGCGGACGGACUGAGUCUGCCCGGUGUGCGCGCGCCCUCCCCGGCUGCACCGACGCGCCUCAUCCCGCCGGACCCCCAGUUUUCCGCUUGGAUAUAAACCCACACCGCUCACUGCUUUUUAAAGAGGCUUUUAUUUUAUUCUAUUAUUAUUAUUUUUUUUAAAUUUACUUCUUCUUUUUUUUUUUUGGUCCAAACUCUUUGGUGCGGAGUUUGCGUCGCUCAUGGAUCCGCCGCUUUGCGCCUCCGCUCCGGGUUGGAUUUGGCAGCUGUGACCGGGACGCAGCGGGGAUGGUGUGAACCAACGACGCAGAAAAACCCGCAGCUUUUAACGCAGGAGUUUCACAUCUGGUAUACCGGGCCAGUCAGCAGCAGGAUCAGGAUGAGAAGAUGGCUGGCUGUGUGUUUCCAAUGGGACCAGAGAGCUUUCAGCGCUUCACGCCGGACUCCCUGGCGGCCAUCGAGCAGCGCAUCGCCGAGGAGGAGGCCCGGCGCAACAAACAGUACCAGGAGGACCUGGGCGACGUGGAGCUCCCCCGGCCCCGCCCAGACCUGGAGGCUGGAAAACAGCUGCCUCGAAUCUUCGCCGACAUCCCGUCUCAUCUGGUGGGCGUUCCCCUGGAGGACAUCGACCCGUACUACUUCAAAGACCAGAGGACCUUCAUAGUCCUGAACAAAGGGAAGGCCAUCUUCCGUUUCAGUGCCACUUCAGCUCUCUACGUCUUCAGCCCUUCCACCCAUUCGCAGAAUCGCCAUCAAGAUCCUGGUCCACUCAUAUCCUUGACGCUGACACUGCGUGAACUCGGUGGUUAUGGGGUAAAUGCUGCAGGGAGGUCAGAGGUCAGAGGUCAGCGGCAGUAUCUGUGCUGUCUGCAGGGCUUCAGCGUAGGAUGA